AUGUCUUCUGAGAAACAACGAAUCGUCGUUUUUGGAAGUAUUGUUCAAGAUCUUGUCAGCUACACCGAUCGUUUCCCCCGUCCGGGAGAGUCUGUUCGUGGGAAUGUUUUCAAAUCAGGGUCCGGUGGAAAAGGAGCAAAUCAAGCAGUAGCUGCCGCCCGUCUUGGAGCAAAUGUGGCAUUGAUUGGAAUGGUUGGAGAAGAUAUGUUUGGAGACACGAAUAUUAAGGACUUGACUCAAAAUGGAGUUGAUACGAGUUGUGUUGGAAAGACCAAUAAGACACAUACAGCUACUGCGACUAUUACUGUCAAUAAAGAAGCUGAAAAUAGUAUUGUCGUAACAUUGGGAGCAAACUUGGAAUUGUCACCAGAAGUUGCUGAUGCUAAUUCGUCAACAAUUUCCAAUUCGAAAAUGGUUAUGUGUCAGGGAGAAAUUGACGAAAAAGGAAAUAGACGAGCAUUUGAAAUUGCUAGGAAACAUGGAGUUACGACUUUUUUGAAUCCAGCACCGGGAGAUGCUAAAAUGGAUAAGACGAUUCUGGAACUAGUCGAUGUGAUUUGCACAAACGAAAAUGAGGCUGAAUUCAUCACCGGAAUUCCUCAAAACAAUGUAGAUGAUGCGAAGAAAGCAGCCCGUGCAAUGGUUGAAAUGGGUCCACAACAUGCUAUAAUUACGCUGGGAGCUAAAGGAGUUCUUCUUGCAUCCAAAGGAAAGGAUGAUAUUGAGCAUAUUUCGGUGGAUAAAGUAGAAGCUAUUGAUACAACGGGAGCUGGAGAUUGUUUCUGUGGGACACUGGCUGCUCACUUGGUUGCUGGUCAUUCAAUGACUUCCUCUAUUCGCUCAGCUGCAAAUAUCGCUGCUCUUUCGGUCACUCGUCAUGGAACUCAAUCAAGCUACUGGAAGCUUGACGAAAUUCGUGAAAAAUAUCCAAAGUUUUUGCCAUGA